CUAGGAGAACGUUGACGAACGAAGCUCCUUCUGUAGUGACGGAAGCCACGAAAAGCUUUCUGAAGCAGCAUGUUACCACGACAGGUGCUGGAAAGAACAUCAAGGAGAAGGACAACAAGCCUGAAGAACUACAACUGCAAGAGGUAGGAGAAGAUCCAGAAGAUCAUCAGUCUAUGGGGGAUGAUGUAGACUCGAAGCCGGAUGAGGAGAUGCAAAUCGAUCAGUCUCAACAACAUUAAGGCUUUCCCUACUUCAAAUCUGAAGAAGCUAAAAAAAACCCUAGGCUGACGAAGCUUAGAUAGAGGGACCGGACUUCUAGGCGUGCUGUUUCAUUUUCUAGCAGAUUUGAACCAUAUUUUAGAAGGCUCUUUGUUUCUCCGACCGUUGGUUUGUCUCUAGAUCUCGAAAAAGAAAACACGCAAACGCGAAUCCUCUAAAAUUUGAAUUUAGGCAACCAAUUUUUUGAGUUCUAACAACAGCAACCAAUGAUAGACGAGCAGUGGUGGCUUGGUGGAUGGAAUCAAUAUGGAGGUAUGAUGCCGCCAAAGCCAAUGAUGCCCUAUUUGGAUGAGAAUACGAACAUGUGGAUGAUGUCUCCGUACCAAGGAGAGCAGGGAGGUUUUUUUAACCAGGCUGCAGAAGGAAGAGGUACUAUGGUGACUAUGGAAAAAUAACACAGAUCAUUCUUAAAGUUCUUGUAGCUCCUGGCGUACAAUUAAGUGUACUAUGAUGGUCAUAGUUUGACUUAGAGUUACUAGUAGUACAAAUAAAACUCCUUAGAAAUUUUAGGACUACGACAUGUUUUUACACAUUGAAUGUAAGUAGAUGGAGAUGAGAGCGCUAACCCAGCGACAUCCUCGUGGACCAGGCAUUUGCAGCAGGCAGCAGAAGGUGGUGAAGGCGCCAAGGAAUCAGCGCUACCAGUACCAGGCGAGGAUAUUUCAUCAACCAAAAUGCGUGUCGACGCACCCGAAUUCAUACCCACUGGUAGUACUACAGAAGCUUUAUUUUUAAGGGUAGGCUAAACCUAAAGGUGCUUUUCUUACCGCUUUUUAUGCCUCUCUCCCUUAGGAUGAGAAAGGCAUAAAAAGCGGGGGAACCCGCGAGCACCAAAAACCUACCUCUAAUAUUUCUUCCUCAAACAAGCGUGGAACAAGGAGCAGCUCCGGGUCGUGGAGCAAGUGCGGAUGUUGUUGAUGAAGGCAUCAAGAUGAGCAAGAUGAACGCCGAUGCAACACCAUUUGACAUUGGUGAACAUCAAGGGACCGUCGAUGCUGUGGGACCUACUGGAGCGACUCCCAAAGCACUGACAAUGAAGGAUCAAGUACAAGAUUCUUGCAAGCGCCUUCCUCAUCUACGUAAGUCAUCCAAAG